CGGCUCUCCGUUGCUAAGAGACGGGGCAUCCACAAGCCGGACCGAGGUUCUCCAGCCUCUCUCUUCCUGCCUUUCCGUGCUCCGGCGGCUCCCCCGGCGCUCACCAUGUCGGACCCCGAAGCUGACAGCUUGCGAAGCACCUUUCCUUCUUACAUGGCGGAGGGCGAGCGGCUCUAUCUGUGCGGGGAGUUCUCCAAAGCCGCCCAGAGCUUCAGCAACGCUCUUCACCUGCAGAAUGGGGACAAGAACUGCCUGGUGGCCCGCUCCAAGUGCUUCCUGAAGAUGGGGGAGUUGGAGAAGUCCCUGAAGGAUGCCGAGGCUUCACUGCAGGGUGACCCGACUUUCUGCAAGGGGAUUCUACAAAAGGCCGAGACACUGUACACCAUGAGAGACUUCGAGUUUGCCUUGGUGUUCUAUCAUCGGGGCUACAAGCUGCGGCCUGAUCGAGAAUUCAAAGUUGGGAUCCAGAAGGCCCAGGAAGCAAUCAACAACUCAGUGGGAAGUCCUUCUUCCAUUAAGCUGGAGAACAAAGGGGACCUCUCCUUCCUAAGCAAGCAGGCAGAGAGUCUGAAAACCCAGCAGAAGCCUCACCCCGUGAAGCACCUCUUACACACCACCAAGAGGGAGUCCAAGCGGAGGGGCUCGUUCAAGAGCGAGAAGACCAUCCGCCAGCUCCUGGGAGAGCUCUAUGUGGACAAGGAGUAUCUGGAGAAGCUCCUGUUGGAUGAAGACCUGAUCAAAGGCACCAUCAAGAGCGGCCUGACGGUGGAGGACCUCAUCAUCACGGGCAUCAACUACCUGGACACCCGCGGCAACUUCUGGAGGCAGCAGAAGCCCAUCUACGCCAGGGAGCGGGACCGGAAGCUGAUGCAGGAGAGGUGGCUGCGGGACCGCAAGCGCCGGCCCUCGCAGACGGCGCGUUACAUCCUCAAGAGCCUGGAGGACAUCGACAUGCUGCUGACCAGCGGCAGUGCUGAAGGGAGUCUUCAGAAAGCUGAGAAAGUGCUGAAGAAGGUCCUGGAGUGGGACAAGGAAGAGGCGCCCAACAAGGACGAGCUGGUCGGGAACCUGUACAGCUGCAUAGGGAACGCCCAGAUCGAGCUGGGCCAGAUGGCGGCGGCGCUGCAGAGCCACAGGAAGGACCUGGAGAUCGCCAAGGAGCAGAACCUUCCCGAUGCAAAAUCGAGAGCCUUGGACAACAUCGGCAGGGUUUUUGCCAAAGUUGGGAAAUUCCAGCAAGCCAUCGACACGUGGGAGGAGAAGAUUCCGCUGGCCAAAACCACCCUGGAGAAGACCUGGCUGUUCCAUGAGAUCGGCCGCUGCUACCUGGAGCUGGACCAGCCCUGGCAGGCCCAGAACUAUGGCGAGAAGUCCCAGCAGUGUGCCGAGGAGGAAGGGGACAUGGAGUGGCAGCUGAACGCCAGCGUGCUGGUGGCGCAGGCGCAAGUGAAGCUGAGAGACUUCGAGUCAGCCGUGAACAACUUCGAGAAGGCCUUGGAGAGAGCGAAGCUGGUGCACAACAACGAGGCGCAGCAGGCCAUCAUCGGC